UCAUCCUAACUCGUCGUCCCGAGGGUCUAGGUCUACCCCAGGUCUAUCUUCGGUGAAAACGAUGACUUUUGGGGACAGUGCCAUACAGCAACUGUUCCAAUCGAUAAUUUAUACGGUUUCAGGAAAUUUUCGGGAUAAAUAAGUGGAGAUGGUUUAAUUUUUUUCGUUGUUUAUUGAUUUGCGAGGGACGUUCUGGGGUUUUUGUUAUACAUAAAAUGAAAAUUGUGGCGACCUGAUUGUCCAGGAGUUCUUCCAUUUGCUGCUGGAAGUAGGAAGUCGUCGACAAUGGUCCUGGGAAGGAAUGAUAAGAGAAAGAGGAAGGAAGGAGACCUAGUGGAUCUCAUGGAUCCUGCCUCUACAGCUCCGAAAAGGGCAAAGGUCCAUGCCCAGAGGAAAUUCGCGCAGGGGGUGGCGACGAUCUUUAGUCCAGUACCCACCCUGGUAAAAGAGAAGGAAAGGCCAAAGCCCAUUCUAGUAACCGAGCUCAUCACCCACAAGCGCCCGAAUACAGAGGACUUCCUGACAUUCCUCUGCUUCCGAGGCACAUCAAUUUUACCACCAAGUCUCAAUUUUUUCAAUCAGGGCACAAAAAAAGAUAAACAGGAGAACAAACAACCGCGUAGAUCUACCCCACAACAGACGCCCUCGUCCCCCCACACACCUCCACCCACAGUGUCAUCCAAAACCCAUGGAGAAGACUCCAAACCCCCCAGCCCCCCAAAACCUAUCCCCUCAGUAUCGAUUCCAAGCACAACGAAAAAGAAAUUCCCCGUUAUCCACAAAACAGUGACAGUAAAUAAAUAUAAGACAGCCACGUCGACAGUCCAGGCCUUGAAGAAAAAAUAUAAAGAGCAGAGACUUGCUAAACAGAGAAUCGAACAGAAGUUUAAGACGACAGUCAUGAGGACACGUUCAGCAGCCAAUCGACCUCUCCUCAAGUCCACCAAAAUAUCAUCGAAUGUUUUCUUGAAGCACAUCGAGAAGAAGAGCAUCUGCCUGAGGAGUAGUGGAUCCCUGGACAAGGGUAUCCCAAAAACUAAUAAAAUACUGCCCAAAGGGAAGAAGAAGCCCCUGAAGAAGAAGCUGGACGAGAAGAGUGAGUCAAGUGGGGAUUCCGAGGACCACUCCAUUCAGAAGAGAAUUCCUAAAUCAAAGAAUCCGCCUGUCAAAAUACCUCUGAAGGACCUAAACAAGCUGAAGAGCACUGGCAAGAUGAAAUUGGACUCAGUGAGAAGAGUGACUCGAUCCCAUCGAGAGGCCCCCGCACCGCCCUCCAACCAGCGACCCUCGAGGAAGACGAAGGAGGCAGCUGCAGUGUACAUGGAGAUCCUCAGUCGAAAGCUGGUGAGCCCUGACCUGGACAACGACGAUAAUAUGUCCCUGGAGAGCUUUCCCGAGAUUCCAAAUGCUCGACGUGAUUCAGCGAAAAAGGUUCUGAGUGAGAAGAAAAAGACUCUUCAGUCGGGGAAAAAAAUCCUCGACGAGGACAAGAGCUCCCAGAGAACACUCAAGACGAAGAGGCCUGUGAAGAACUCAAAAUACUCUGACAGUGAGGAUAACUUCUCUGUUCACUCCGAUAAAAGCAAUCAGACAAGUGUGAAAACUCGUGCAAUCACAAGGAGAACUUCUUUGGUGAUUAAAUCCUCGGUGAUUCGAACACUCAGAUCGGCUGCCAAAAGUCCAGACCAAAAAUUUGAUAAAUCCUUGAGACCAACUGCUAAACAAUCCCUUAAUCCAGCGAAGGACAGGAAGAAGAUGAGAACAAGACGAAAGAGUGACGAUGAGUCACCCAGUACUUCCCCGAGACGAGGGAAUAGUCCCUUGAAAUCCAAUCCCGAGAAGCAGAAGAAGCUCGUAAAGAAAAAAUCUGAGGUUCACUCUGCAGAGUCUGACGAGGACCUGGGGACAGUCCUCAAUCGAAUGAAUAAAUCGACAAAAUCCUCGAAACCCCCAGCCAAACGUUCUGUCAAGUCGACGGAGGUGACAAGAAAAUUUCCCCCAGAGCCUGUGAUAAUGAUUAAGAAAAUGAAUAAGAUCCUGACCCCAAAGGGCUCCGAUGACGAGGGAUCGUUUCGUGGAUUCAGCAAGAAAUCAACGAGGAACGUGUCUAGUCCUUGUUCACUCAAAAUGAACAAUGACGCCCCAAAAGCUGGAAAAAACGAGACUGACGAUAAAAUAGAGGCAACAGAGGGCUGUCAUAAGGAAAAACCCGAGGAAAUUCCCCAGGUCCCCGAGAAACAAAGUUCAGUACCCCUGAAAAGCGGAAUGACUCAAGAUUUGGCAGCUGCCCCUCAGUUUAUCUCGAAGAAGACGUCGAUCAGUUCGGUCACUCCACCCCAGGCCCUCGAGAAGAGUUUCAUCGACGUGCCAACACUGCAAUCAAUGGGUCGUAAGGAACGAGUCAACAUGUCGACAGAGCAGAUCGAGAAGUGGCUGAAUGAGAGCUCGAUGGUGAAAGAGGAGAGCAAAGCUGAGAUGGAGACUGUGAUAAAUUUUCCCUUUGGCCUCGACACAGAGAAACCGAAAUUAAAUAUACCCAAGUCAAAUGUCUCCAGCAUCCCCAGUGCAACUACCCCCUCGAGCUGUCACCUCUCGAUUCCCACAAAGAUUCAGCACCUCGUAAGACCAGUCAACGUAGCCAUCGCCAAGAUCGCGGAGAAGCAGCUCAACACCAUCGACCUGAGCCACAAUCACCACAAACUCAAAACCGAGAGCAUCGUCCUCUCGAGCACUGGUAUAGCCACCGCCAAGGCCUCCAGCAUCCCAACGAACAGAAAUAAAAUAAACGCUGACAUCAAAGAAAUCAUCAAAGGGAGAACCGGAAAAGCUCUUGAUGUCGUCACUGAAAAAACAAGUCAACAGGUCCCAGACACUGACAACGAGUCUGACAUUAAUAGUUUGAAAGUCGUCAGUGAUAAUGAGACUGCGACAACACCAUCCCCAAACGACAAGAAAAAAACUCAGUCACAAGUGCGAAGACCCUUCGUGUCGAGGAUAAAGGAGCGAAAGCUGUCCACUCCAAAUUCAAAUGCCUUCUCCCCAGAGGAUGAAAGCAGUGUCUAUGCUUUCAAGAGUGAGACAGAGACGCCUAUCAGCACGCCCUUUAGGCGAAGAGUGAGAGAUAAUAAAGUGGAGAGCGUCCAGGAGGGCAAGAAGUCUUCAGAAACUCACAAGAGUAAUAAAAAUUCUCCAUUGGAAGGCAAUAAGUCUGAUAGAGACAUUGCAAACUCUAUUCCUUUGAAGAAUAUCCCCAUCUGGACCAACGACGGCUGCUCCACAUCAAUCGCAGUGCAAAUAAACUUCAACGAUAACGAUCCUCAGGGUCUGAACUCCUUCUAUCCAGUUCAGAAUCGUCAAAACUCCACGAAGAACCCUGAGAAUACGAGCAACGAGAUUUCUACUCAGACGGAGAAUACGAAUUCAAACGACGAUGAUAAUAACACCCAGGUGUUCUACAUUCCCCUCGAGAACGUUGGGAGAAAUAUGUCUCAGUUCACAAGUCUUCAGGGUCAGCCAUUGAUCCAGGGAGUGGCUGUCAAACUGGGAACAGAGGGCCCCAACGGUCCCAACCAGCGAGUCCUACUGCGAGCACAGCUGGUAACAAAACCUCCGUUGACAGUGACCAGAUGUCCGCCAAUCGGAACAGUUCAGCCCACGACGAGAGCACCUCAAGGCUCGACGGAGCCAGUCCCAUCGACGUCUACCUCAAGUCCUCCCACCACACCAGUUAAAACCGAUGGAACUCUACGUGGAGCACAACACGACGGUGAAAACGACGUUGCCACACCAGAGAAGAUGAAGAAACCCUCGGGAAAAUCGUCAUCAACUCGUGAUACCAAGAAGAAGCCUUCAGAGGCCUUGAAGACGUCACGCCAGGAGAAACGAUUGAAGAAGAACUCAACGAGUCUGAAUGACACCGAAUCCCUCUCGUCGAAUCAGAGUGCAAGCCUGGGGGCGUCGACAUCAAUUGAUAAAGCAGAGGCUCGACUAGCUGAUGCCCCCACGUUCCAUCCAACAGAGAAGGAUUUCCAGGACCCUCUGGAAUACAUCGAGAAGAUUCGUCCACUUGCUGAGAAGUAUGGCAUCUGCAAGGUUGUACCACCCUCGAAUUUUAAACCCGAGUGCAAGGUCUCCGAUGACAUGAGGUUCACAGCAUACAAUCAGUACGUUCACAGGAUGCUGCACCGUUGGGGGCCCAACGUGAAGGAGAUGAUGGCGAUAAAGAAGUACUUGGCUACCCAAUCGAUUACAUUAUCCCAGCCUCCCUGGAUCGGUGGAAUGGAGGUCGAUCUUCCUCAUCUCUAUCAGACUGUGCAGAGUCUCGGGGGCCUCAAGGAGGUAAUCGAGAAGAAGAAGUGGCAGAAGGUCGCUGAUGGCAUGAAGAUCCCCAAGUCCGCCCAGGACAGAGUCACCAAAUUGGACGACAUCUACUGCAAGUAUCUCCUGCCCUAUGAUACCCUUAGCACUGAAGAGAGAGAGAAGCUCUUCGAGGACGUGGAGACAGAGUGGCGGAGAAGGGAGACCAAAGCCCUCGAGAGGCUCAACGAUUCCACGACAUCGUUAUCCUCCGUCGACAGCACUAAUGACGAGGAAGAGGAGGAGGACAGUUCAGACGAGACCGAGGAGUGCAUCGUGAAAGGAAGAAACAUGCCUCUUAACGCAUUCUAUAGGAUUGCUAGGAAUACGCAGAGGAUGUGGUUUGGGGAGAAUAAUACUAGGAAUCAGGGAAACGAGAGUGAGGCUUCCUCUGGAGAUGUAGAGACUGCAUUUUGGAGGCAUGUCUCAGAGAGGAAACGACAUGUUUGUGUUCAUGCUGCUAGUAUUGACUCCAGUGGUCGAGGGUUUGGCUUCUCCGUGGCGAAGAAUAGCCCCUUUGCCAGGCAUCCCUGGAAUCUAAAAGUGUUGACCAAUAAUUCUGGAUCAGUUUUGAGGGCCCUGGGGCCUUUGAUGGGUGUCACCAUCCCUACAAUCCACGUGGGAAUGCUCUUCAGUGCGUGUUGUUGGUACAGGGAUCCCCAUGGCCUGCCCUGGAUCGAGUACCUUCACACUGGAGCCAAGAAGAUUUGGUAUGGCAUCCCUAAUGAAUUUAACGACAACUUCCGGGAGGCACUCUCGAAGAUGGUCCCCAGAUUCUGCAAGAAUAAAAAAAUCUGGCUGCCAAGUGACACUGCCAUGGUACCACCUGAGAUGCUAGUCUCCAAUGGGGUGCCACUCUGCAGAACUGUGCAGGAACCUGGACAAUUUAUCAUAGUCUUUCCCAAAGCCUUCACCUCCAGUAUCUGCACUGGGUACGUCGUCUCGGAGAGUGUUUACUUUGCCCAGACAACGUGGCUGGGAAAUGCCGAGGAGAUCUUCAAGGAUUUACAGGACAGCUGCGAGCCUUCCAUGUUCUCGUUCGAGAGACUCAUGUUCAGUAUUAUCAACGACUCCAGGUCGCACAUUGAUAUUUUGAAACAGAUACUGCCAGUUAUGAUGAAGAUAAGGGAGAAAGAGUUGCAUUAUCGUCAGCAGUUGGAGUACUAUGGGCUGUCGAAGAAGGAGAAAUUGCCACUCCCAGACAAUGGAAAACGAAAGAAAGCUGUCAAGGUGAAGGAGGAUGAUGGGGAUUUCGAGUGCGAAACCUGUCGUAUGAAUCUCUUCGUUUCACUGAUGAAUAAUUCACAGGAUGACAGCACCUACUGUCUCCCUCAUGCUCUACAGUUGCUUUCACAUAAAAAACAGGUGCUGAAAUACUGCACGUUGAAGUAUACGUAUAGUGAGGACGAAUUGGAUGAUCUCAUUCACAAAUUGGAGGACAGAAUCGAGGCGAAAUCAAAGAAAAAAUCCGCAAAACAGUCGGACUAAGGUCUCUCAAUUUGCAGUUAUCAUUUGUAGAUAUAGGGGCACUAUUUCUAUUUCUAAAGAGGAUAAUUGUAAUACUCCAAAUUUCCACAUCACGCAAAUUGCUCGAGUGCCAAAUGUAAUUCCAUUUUAACAUUCAGUCUUAGUUUUAUAUUCGAUAAUAGCUUAAAUGUAUCGAUUAAUGUAUAAUAAUGAACAUAGAAGAAUCUACUUACAUUAUUUAUCCGCAAUUAGUGAUCGUGUGUUGAGAGCAGUUAAUGCUCUAAUUUAAAUGAAUAAUAAUUUAAGUAGUCAGUGGCAUAAGAGAUGUAUUUCGUUUAUUUAAUUACACAUUUUACAUGGAAUGAUGCAUUGACCAAUGAAUUAAAUAAAAAUUAUGGACACUGGGGUUUCGAAAAAAAUGGAAAAUCUUCUUCGAUGACUAAUUCGAAAGAAUCGACUGUUAUUGUGCGUGAAUCAGAAAUAAAAAUGAAGAAAAUAGGAAUUAAUGACUCUGGAUGAUUUUUUUUUUGCAUUAAAACAUGAACUGGAAGGCUUUUAUAGAUCAUUUCCGACGGAAUACGAUAGUACGUAAAUUA